AUGUUUGGACACGAUAGGACCCCUCUGCAGAGAACAAGAUCUUUUCAUGUGUACGGUAACAAGACUAGAGUGAGGGAAGACAGUUUGGCGAGUAUUGGCCCAAGUCGUAAUUGGGACCGGAGACAUCAACAUGAUCAAUCCGUUCAAUCACACCCAAGGCCAGAUCAGAACCGUGCCACUGAAGGACCACAAAAUCAAGGAGCGGAAAACACCCUGAAGCUUUUACAUGACGUGAUGACCGAGGCACUUGGUAACCAAGGCAGGCGUACUCAACGCCCUGAAGUUUCCAAGCUAUUAUCUACCAUGAAGAACAUUGGAUCCUACAAGUUCAAAGGAGGAUCUGAUCCUCUUGAAGCCGGCAAGUGGAUUACUAUGAUGGAGAAGAACUUUGAGGCUAUGGAGUGUCCGGAGGAGUAUCAGAAGAAGAUCGCGGUGUACUAUUUGGAAGGCGACGUAACAGGAUGGUGGGACAGUAUAGACAGGCAGCGUGGACACACCAUCACAUCAUGGGAAUCGUUCAAGGGAGAGUUUGAGAGGAAGUAUUUUCCUCCAGAAGCAAAGCAUCGGUUGGAGCGCCAAUUCAUGAACCUUGUUCAAGGAGAUAGGCCAGUGAGGAGUUACGAAUCUGAGUUCACAAGGUUGAGGCGACAUGUUUUUGAUGGGCGUGAAGAUGAAGCAACUAUGAUCCGUAACUUUAUGUACGGAUUGAAGCCGGAGCUUGGAAGUCGUUUAGCUGGAAGCAACUUUAGCAGCUUAUCGGAUCUGGUGGAAAAAGCUGUUAAUGUUGAGAUUGUGUUAGAGGCGGAAAGGAAGAUUAUACAACAUUCUGGUGGACAUACCAAGUUUCGCCAAGGAGAAAGACCGAAUUUCAACAAGGGUCCAAGAUCUAACAAAGGCAAAGGGCGAGGAUUUGGAGGCCAAGCCAACAAUCUUGAUAACACUGGAGUAUGUUACACAUGUGAUCAUCCGGGACAUAUUUCGAGGUUUUGUCCAAAAAAUCAGCGGAAUAACCCAUGGAGUAACCAGCAGGGUUAUUCAUCGCUGAGGAUGGAAGAUGUUACUUGUUUCUUCUGUGGAAGGAAGGGCCAUUAUGCAUCGUCAUGUCCAAACAAGCCAAUCCCUGCGACCCCUCUCGCGAUCCGAGCUCCCCCUAGCCGUCCAGCUAUUGAGCCAGCACCAAAGAAACAAAACCUAGGAGGUAGAGUUUAUGCCUUAGGGGUAGAAAACCCAGAUAAUGCAGGACCGUCAAGCGGUCCCAUCACAGGAACCAUACAUGUUGCGGGUAAACCCACACAUGUAUUGUUCGACUCGGGGGCAACACAUAGUUUUGUGACCCCUGAAGUAGCUGCCCGUUUUUGGGAUUGUUUUGUGGUUGACAGGAUAAGCGUGGCCGUCUUGACCCCCGCAGACCGAACCCUUCAAGCAGAUCAGUGUAUCAAGAAUGUUCCAUUGGUCAUUCAAGGCAAAGAGUUUGUGGCAGAUUUGUUAGUCGUGCCUUUAGAAGGGUACGAAGUAAUCCUUGGAAUGGAUUGGUUAUCGAGCUACAGAGUUCAGAUCGACUGUGGAAAGGGAAGGUUGUUGUUUGGCAGAGGUAAACGACCAGAGAUGGUGUACUAUGGAAUCAGUCCUAGUAUGACCGUGUCUUUGGUAGCAGCAAUGAGAGUACAAGAUUUGUUUCAAGAUGGGGAAGUAUAUUUGGUGACCUUAUCGGUUAGUGGAGGAGCCACUAAUGAUGAAGUUAAGGUCGAAGACAUAGAAGUGGUCCAAGAGUUCGAGGAUAUCUUUGCACCACUAAAGGAAUUACCUCCACCUCGGAGUAAUCCCUUUACCAUCAAUUUGGAGCCUGAAGCAAAACCUAUAGCUAAGGCACCAUAUCGGAUGGCACCUGCGGAGUUGGCUGAAUUAAAGAAGCAAUUGGAAGAUCUAUUGGAAAAGGGAUUCAUUCGGUCGAGCUCUUCACCUUGGGGAGCUCCUGUGCUAUUUGUGAAGAAAAAGGACGGAAGCAUGAGGUUGUGUAUCGAUUAUCGUGGUAUCAACAACAUCACGAUAAAAGAUAAGUAUCCUCUUCCGAGGAUAGACGAGUUGUUAGACCAACUAAAGGGAGCUAGUUGGUUUUCGAAGAUUGAUUUGGCAUCAGGGUAUCACCAAAUUCCUAUUGCCAAGUCAGACAUCAUGAAGACGGCGUUUCGGACGAGGUAUGGGCAGUACGAGUUUGUAGUUAUGCCCUUUGGUCUCACGAACGCACCUGCGGCUUUCAUGCGUUUGAUGAAUGAAGUGUUUCACGACUACCUCGACAAGUUCGUGAUCAUUUUCAUUGAUGACAUCCUGGUGUACUCGAGAAGUAAGGAGGAGCACAAAGAGCAUCUGAGACUGGUUAUGGAGAGGUUACGGAAUCAGAAGCUAUUUGCCAAGUUCAGCAAGUGCUCGUUUUGGAAGAGAGAGAUAGGAUUUCUGGGUCACAUAGUAUCAGGAGAGGGCGUUGCUGCUGAUCCAGAAAAGGUCUAAGCCAUACGGGAAUGGCCUCGACCUACCACUGUGAC